GAAACCACAAAGUGAGCCGAGUUACAGUGCCAACAUGAAGACGCUUGCGUGCCUGGUAUUAUUUUUUGUUUGCCUCGGCCAGAUGGCCUCCAGUGACAAGAUACUCAACUGUUACUGGGGCACCUGGGCCAACUAUCGACCCGGGAACGGUAAGUUCGAGCCUUCGAACAUCGAUCCAUUCCUCUGCACCCACAUAAGCUACACGUUCUUUGGCAUCAGCGACGCGGGAGAGUUUAAGUCCUUGGACACAUGGCUUGAUAUGGAUGAUGGCCUCGGUUUCAUAAGCAAGACAAUUGCGCUGAAGCAACGAAAUCCCAAGCUGAAAGUAUUGGCAGUUGUGGGUGGAUGGAACGAAGGCUCCGCCAAGUACUCGGCCAUGGCAGCUGAUCCAGCCAAGCGGGCGACCUUUAUUUCCUCCACAUUGGCAUUCAUCCGGCAACAUGGCUUUGAUGGACUUGACUUGGACUGGGAAUAUCCUGGACAGCGCGGUGGAAGCUCUGCAGAUCGGGCGAACUUCGUUACUCUUCUGCGGGAAAUUAAAGAAGCAUUCGCUCCUCUCGGCCUAGAGCUGGGCAUUGCAGUGGGCGCUUCUGAAGCCUCCGCCGCCAUUUCGUACGAUAUUCCGGCUAUUUCUGAGCACUUAACAUUUAUUAAUGUUAUGACCUACGACUUCCACAUGGCAAUGGAUGGCUACUUGGGAUUCAAUGCUCCCCUUCCAGAGGUGGAAAGGUCCAUCGACUACUGGCUGAGGCAAGGUGCACCGGCAGAGAAGCUGAUCCUUGGCAUUGGAUUCUAUGGCCACAGCUACCAGAUGACGGACAGUUCGCAAAAUCAGCCGGGCGCAGCUUGCAGUGGACCCGGAGAGGCCGGACCUUUUACCCGCGAAAAGGGCUUCAUGGGCUACCACGAAAUAUGUGAAAACAACUGGCAAACUGUCUUUGAUAGCGAGAGCAAGUCGCCUUACGCAUUCAGUGGUGAUCAGUGGAUUGGCUACGACAACGUCCAAAGCAUCGAACUCAAGAUGCAAUUGGUGCAGUCCCGAAACUUGGGCGGCGCUAUGACCUGGUCCAUUGAGACCGAUGACUUCCGAGGUCUGUGCGGUGAGACUUAUCCCCUGUUGAAGGCAAUGAAUAGAGGACUGGGAGUUGAUACGGGCAACGGAGGAGGUGGUAGUAACGCUGGUGGCGCAGUAACUGAACCUAAACCUAUAUCGACGGCGACUCCGACUUCGACUCCAAUGCCGACAUCGACUUCGACUCCGACUCAGACUUCGAGUCCGACUCUGGAAGUGAAGGAGAACUGUGCAAGAGAUGGCUUCUUUAUGAAGAAUGGCGACUGCAAUGGAUUCUUUCGGUGCGUGAAUGGAGAUCGCUUCAACUUUAAAUGCCCAACUGGACUAUAUUUCGAUAUUGUGACAAAUAGCUGUAAUUGGCCUUCAGGGGUCAAGUGUCCAUAUUAA